AUGUGACCAGGAAACACAGAAAACAUAGAUGAAGCUCCCUCAGUCCUUUUAGCUGUGCUGAAGAUGAAUUGCCUUGUGUUCUUGGUGAUGGCUUUUCUACAGUCCUAUCAAAGCAAUGUAUCUUUAAUGGCAGAAGGAAAACAUGUGGAUUCAAUUGUGAAACUCUCCAGUACCAUGGCUCUUAAAUGUGUCUGCCCAAAGAAUGCAUCUAUUUCUCAGAUGGUAUGGGUGAAGGAAGAGAAUCAAACGAAACAGCUCAUCGCUGUCUUCAGGCUACCUUAUGAUCUACAUAUAGAAAGCAAAUAUAAGGCCAGAGUCUUGGUCACUAAUUUUACCUCAGACAAUAAGACCUUGAUUUUCAGCAACACCACUGAGGAAGAUGUUGGUUUUUACCUAUGUUCCUUUCAUACUUUUCCAUAUGGGAUCUUGGAAAAGACGAUACACGUUGUUCAAUCUGGGGCAUUUGAAUUUUCAAAGUUGUCAGUUGAUCAUUUGAUUACUAAAUCAGGAGAAAAUGUCACUUUUAAAUAUUGGUCUAACUCUGAUGUAGCAGUGAAUCGAAUGACAUGGGAAAGAGUACAACCUGACUGUGUAGAUCUUAUAAUUCAGUGUGCGGAUUCUGAAAUGCCAGUCUAUGGUUCGGAUUAUCAAAACCGUGUAGAAUGUAUCUCUGAAAGUUCAAUUUUACUUCGGGAUGUCACAGCUUCUGACUAUGGAAUGUACCGCUUUUCUUAUCACAAGGUGAAUGGAGAAAAUGGAACUGGCUGGAUAAAACUGACCACUAAUAGUAAUGCACCUUUAUUUACUAAGCUGCAUAUGAUUUUUAUUGGAAGUGUUGCCUUUUUAAUCCUGGUUAUUGUGGUCAUACUUACAUACAGAAGGUUUUGUGUCACCAAAAAGAGAAAAAGGAUUAAGAAGAUGAGAGAUUACAAAACUACUUGUAGACAGACCCAGCAUCAAUACAAAAACUGGGCUGGUCAGGGUUCAGGAAAUGCAAAUCAAAGUCCUACUGCAACAGAUGAUCCGAUCUAUGUCAACUGUAAACAGGUUAUGCAAAAGUGAACUUACCACCUUGUAUAUUGAUGAACUACCUCAACUCAUCCUAUUGAUCUCUGGGAUUAGAAUCAGAAUAUAACAAGAUAACCAAUGGUUUUGUUUUUACCUAAUAAACCAAGAAAACAGGAUUUUUUAAAAUAAAAACAGCAUCUUUUUCUUUUUAGAUGAAUUGAUUUGUAGUGGUAUACCUGCAUUUUCAAAAACGCUGUUAACUAUAUGACACAGAACAAAAAUUUACUGUGCUAAAUAGAACUGGCAGGAUCUAGCUCUUCAGAAGCACACUCAAGAGAUAGGAUAUAUUUCCAUAGAACAUAAAACAAUAGAGCUGGAAGGGAUUUUGGAGGUCUUCUAGUAGUCCAAGCCCCUACUCAAGCAGGAAAUAGAAGUCUUCUUGAGUCUAAAUAUGAUGCCCUCCCCCCUUUCCUAAACCUAACUGGUAACAUGCCACUAACAAAUCUCUGCCAAUUGAAAAAUGCAGUUCUCAUGACCAGAACGGAUAUAGUUUUGUCAUAGUUUAUGCAGCAUUCCUGAUAUCUGAAAAUGUUGACUAGAGUCAGCAGGCAUCCAAACAAGCAAUUUAGUUAAAAGAAAUUCAUGCAGUGACGAUGCAGCUAUUUGUGAAUAUCUUUG